CCGGGCAACAGUUAACUUAUCGAUUUUUUACUGCUCGGCAAAUAUUAAACGGUUUAUCUGGUGGGUUAUCGCAUUUUCCGGUUCAUCACAUUGAAAAACAUUAAACAUACACAAACAUCCAGUGCUGAAGACAGAGUCAGAAGACCAUGAUUGAUAUCAAAGCAUGGGCAGAAUAUGUGGUGGAGUGGGCUGCCAAAGAUCCAUAUGGUUUUCUCACCACGGUUAUCCUGGCAUUGACCCCUCUGUUUAUAGCCAGUGCCCUGUUGUCCUGGAAACUGGCCAAGAUGAUAGAGGCCAAGGACCGUGAGCAGAAGAAGAAACAGAAACGGCAAGAGAACAUCGCAAAAGCCAAGAGAGCCAAGAAAGAUUGAGCUGGAAACUGCAGUGUAGAGGGUUCAAAUUAAUAGCCCAAUCUCCAGACACACAGCUCCUGUAUCAACUCUUGUAAUGCAGGACAUUUAAAUGGGAUCCGGAGCAAGACUGGAGGUCUUUCUGAAGGGCUGUUUAAUUUAUCUCAGUGGCAGGACUGCAGUACUUUUAUAGAAUAUGAUCAAUGCAGCGAAAAACGCUCUGCAUAACUUCACAGUACUCUGCAUUCCAUUUUUACUGUUUUUUUUGCCGUCUCAAUGUUAACUCCACAAAAUAAUUAAAUUAUCUUUUUACAU